GGCGCCGUAACGGACGUCAGUAACAUUCCGGCAAAGUAAGGUUAUACGGUUAUACUCUAAAUUAUUGUAAAUUACUGUUUCUUGUCAGUAUCACGUUAUCGGCUCAAAAUGUAUCUCAUGUAUUAUAUGGAUGAAAACGGUGAUCGUGUAUACACUUUGAAGAAAUUUGAUCCUUCUGGAAAGCCUACAUUCACAGCCCAUCCUGCAAGAUUUUCACCAGAAGAUAAAUAUUCAAGGGAGCGCAUAAUUAUAAAGAGACGGUUUGGACUAUUACUUACGCAACAACCAAUGCCUUCUUACUAAGUUAAACAUCAAAACCAGAAUUAACAGAUAUACAAAUGUUAAAGCGAACAUGCAGAUUACAUUGGACAAGAGAUAUCAUUAAUUUGAUUAUGAUGGAAAGAGGUAAUUCAACUCGGUACACCCACUAUUUCCUCUUCGAGAUACCUCCUGCCUUUGACAACAGAGAGAUCCGUUGCAUACAUUGUUCCCGUCGAAGCCAUUACAUAUAGGAAUAGUAAUAGAAUUAACCAAUUAUACUCAAUAUGAAUGGGAUUUAUUUACAGCUCUUCGAUACAUAUAAAAAAUAAAACUUACAUUUCAACCAUCUA